AUGAUCCAUGCAGACACCCCUUUGUCCCUGGGGAGGUUGGGGGAUUGGGGGGUGACUGAGGAGGAAGGGCAGAAUCCAGCAUCCGAGAGCUCCGUGCUUUUGGGGUCACCAGUCGUGUGCAAAGAGUUCUCAUUCGAAGAUAAAGAACAGCUCGCUAACCACGAAAGAGGAAUCGAUGCUCAGCUUUCAGUUGCCCUUCCUAAAGGCAUCCUCAGGUUUUUGCCAGAGGCUGGGUGUGGCGGUGGGCACUCACACGUGUUUGGUGAAUUACUAUUUCCACUGGUCAAGGCGCACAUGCGGCAAAAUGUCUUCACCAACUAUAUACCAGUUCCCCCUAGUGUUACCUGUGAAAUGACAAAAGGAAGAAUUGCCAGGUGCCUGGAAGGGAUUGAAAAUGACACCCAGCCCAUCCUCUUGCAGAGCUGCUCAGGGUUGGUGACUCACUGCCUGCUGGAGGAAGACAACCCUCGAUACAUGCGAGCCAGCGACCCUUCCAGCCCCCACAUCAGUGAGCGUGGAGCUGCGUGGCCCAUUUUCCAGCAGGCUGUCUGGCUGGUUACACAUCACCUUUUCCACCCAGUGAAAGAAAGGAAAACUCGAUCUAAAUACUGCACAGAAACCUCCAGCGUCCACAGCUACUCACCCUAUGGUUCGGGUACCAUGGACACCCACAGUCUGGAGUCCAAAGCCAAAAGAACUGCAAGGUAUGGAGCAGAAAGAAGGCGACAGCUGGCAGAGAAGUAUGGGCUGACUCUGGAUCCCGAGGCCGACUCCGAGUAUUUAUCCUGCUAUACCAAGUCCGGGAAGGAGCCUGAUGCUGUCGAGAAACAGGAAGGAAAAAGUGACAAACAGGAAGAGUCAAGCAGAGAUGCGAGUUCUCUGUACCCCGGGACCGAGACGAUGGGGCUCAGGACCUGUGCCGGUGAAUCCAAGGACUCUGCCCUCCAUGGGGGUGACGGCGCUUUCGACCUGUAGGUGCUGCUGAACAUAGAAAACCAAAGACGAGGUCAAGAGCUGAGUGCCACCCAGCAGGCCCAUGACCUGUCCCCAGCAGCCGAGAGUUCCUCGACCUUCUCUUUCUCUGGGCGAGACUCCUCCUUCACUGAAGUGCCACAGUCCCCCAAGCACGUGCACAGCUCCUCCCUGCAGCAGGCGGCCUCCCGGAGCCCCUCCUUCGCUGACUCACAGCUACCCUCAGUUAAAGUUAGAGAAAAAUUGGUGAAAGAGGAAAGUGCUCGAAACAGCCCUGAACUCGCCUCAGAGUCCGUAACUCAGAGGAGACACCAGCCAGCGCCAGUCCAUUACGUGUCACUUCAGUCCGAGCACUCGGCCUUUGAUAGGGUCCCCAGCAAGGCAGCAGGCUCUACACGGCAGCCAAUCCGUGCCUAUGUCCAAACCACAGAUACCGGUCACACCGCCAAGCUGGUGACGCCAGAAACCCCAGAAAAUGUAUCUGAGUGUAGCUGGGUAGCAUCAGCCACCCAGAAUGUCCCCAAACCUCCCACCUUGAAGGUUCUAGAAGGUGACAGAAGGGAUAGCCCAGUUCUCCAUAUCUGCGAGUCAAAAGCAGCAGCAGAAGAGGAAGAGGAAGAAAAGGAGGAGGAGGAGCGUCAACUCAAAUCAGGGGUGGAGAGGUCGGCCGAAGGACCUGGCUUGCCCACCAGUGUGGAAUGGGAGAGAGGGUCCCGGAAACCAAGAUGCUAUUUUUCUCCUGGUGAAAAUGAAGAAAAGGUGGAUGAACGAGCCAAGCUGAGCAUCGCUGCCAAGAGGUUGCUUUUUAGAGUAAGCCAGUGUAGCGUGCUGCAGAUUUGCAUAAAUCCCAGUGGAUUGGGUCACCCGCCGUGUGCCCACGGAUUGAACCCGAGAGCUGCACUGUUGAGGGCGAAUCGCUGGAAGAAUGUUCGCCUGAGGAGUUCAGUGCUGAUGUUGCUCUUUUCCUUCCCAGCGGCAGAGUUCGGGGAGCCCACUUCCGAGCAGACGGGGACAGCUGCUGGGAAAACUGUUGCUCAAACCACAGCCCCCGUGUCCUGGAAGCCCCAGGAUUCUUCAGAACAGCCACAGGAGAAGCUCUGCAAGAAUCCAUGCGCGAUGUUUGCCGCUGGAGAGAUCAAAACGCCAACAGGGGAGGGCCUUCUUGACUCACCCAGCAAAACCAUGUCUAUUAAAGAAAGACUGGCAUUGUUGAAGAAAAGCUGGGAGGAAGAUUGGAGAAACAGACUCAGCAGGAGGCAGGAGGGCGGCAAGGCGCAGGCCAGCAGCCUGCACACCCAGGAAGCGGGGCGGUCCCUCAUCAAGAAGCUGGUCACAGAAAGUCGAGAGAGCCAAAUGACGACUGAGGAGAGGAAGCAGGUCAUCUCUGCGAGAGAGGAGGCCUGGAAGACGAGAGGCAUAGGAGCAGCCAACGACUCAACCCAGUUCACUGUAGCUGGCAGGAUGGUGAAGAAAGGUUUGGCGUCACCCACUGCCAUAACCCCAGUAGCCUCACCCAUUUGCAGUAAAACAAGAGGCACCACACCCGUUUCCAAACCCAUGGAAUAUAUCGAAGCCAGACCAGAUACGCAGUUAGAAUGGGACCUGAAGCUGGACAGGCUGGAAAUCUUUCUAAGAAGGCUGAAUAACAAAGCUGGCGGGAUGCACGAAACGGUGCUCACUGUCACUGGCAAAUCCGUGAAGGAGGUGAUGAAGCCGGAUGAUGAAACCUUUGCCAAAUUUUACCGCAGCGUGGAUUAUAAUAUGCCGAGAAGUCCUGUAGAGCUGGACGAGGACCUCGAUGUCAUUUUCGAUCCUUAUGCACCCAAAUUGACGUCUUCUGUGGCCGAGCACAAGCAGGCAGUUAGGCCCAAGCGCCGGGUUCAGGCCUCCAAAAACCCCCUGAAAAUGCUGGCGGCAAGAGAAGAUCUCCUUCAGGAAUACACUGAGCAGAGAUUAAACGUUGCUUUCAUGGAGUCAAAGCGGAUGAAAGUAGAAAAGAUGUCUUCCAACUCCAGCUUCUCAGAAGUCACCCUGGCGGGUUUAGCCAAUAAAGAAAACUUCAGCAACGUCAGCCUGCGGAGCGUCAACCUGACGGAACAGAACUCUAACAACAGCGCUGUGCCCUACAAGAGGCUGAUGCUGUUGUAGAUUAAAGGAAGAAGACACGUGCAGACCAGGCUGGUGGAACCUCGAGCUUCAGCGCUCAACAGUGGGGACUGCUUCCUCCUGCUCUCUCCCCACUGCUGCUUCCUGUGGGUAGGAGAGUUUGCAAACGUCAUAGAAAAGGCAAAGGCCUCAGAACUUGCAGCUUUAAUUCAGACAAAGAGGGAGCUUGAUUGUAGAGCUACUUAUAUCUAAAUCAUCGAAGAAGGAAUUAAUAUACACAUUCAUGCAGCCAAAGACUUCUGAAAGCUUCUGGGUGGCCAAACCAGUUACCAAUCUGCUGGAGACCCAAAAGAAGAUGAACUCUAUGAAGCAGCCAUAAUAGAAAGUAACUGCAUUUACCAUCUCAGGGAUGACAAACUUGUUCCUGAUGACGACUACUGGGGGAAAAUUCCAAAGUGCUCCCUUCUGCAACCCAAAGAGGUACUGGUGUUUGAUUUUGGUAGUGAAAUUUAUGUAUGGCAUGGGAAAGAAGUCACAUUAGCACAACGAAAAAUAGCAUUUCAGCUGGCAAAGCACUUAUGGAAUGGAACCUUUGACUAUGAGAACUGUGACAUCAAUCCCCUGGAUCCUGGAGAAUGCAAUCCGCUUAUCCCCAGAAAAGGACAGGGGCGGCCCGACUGAGUGAUAUUUGGGAGACUUACUGAACACAAUGAGACAAUUUUGUUCAAAGAGAAGUUUCUGGAUUGGAUGGAGCUGAAGAGACAAAAUGAGAAGAACCCCGAGGAACUUGCCCAGCACAAGGAAGACCCCAGGGCCGAUGUCAAGCCAUACGAUGUGACACGGAUGGUGUCCAUGCCCCAGACGACAGCAGGCACCAUCCUGGAUGGGGUGAACGUCGGCCGUGGCUAUGGCCUGGUGGAAGGACAUGACAGGAGGCAGUUUGAGAUCACCAGCGUCUCUGUGGAUGUCUGGCACAUCCUAGAAUUCGACUAUAGCAGGCUCCCCAAACAGAGCAUCGGGCAGUUCCACGAGGGGGAUGCCUAUGUGGUCAAGUGGAAGUUCAUGGUGAGCACGGCAGGUUACAGACUUACAACUUUCAAAAAGUCCAGCUUUGGAGAAUUAAGACAGAGCAGGGAGCGUUCAGAUUCCAGACCAUCCCUCCAGCAGGGGGGAAGCACAGCCCGAUGGCGCUUGCAGUCACUCCUUAGCCAUCGCGGAAGCUCUGGCCCCUUGGUGACACUAGUCUGGCUCCUCUAUCACUUGUGCGCACAAGGGCCACACCUGCAAACAGGACUGAGUCAGAGCUCAGGGUGCACUUCUGGGGGACGGUCAACAAAAAGCAGCAGCUGCACAGGUGAUCUUGUAAGUUUUAACUUAGCACCCUGCCUGUUCGUCCUCAGCAGCUCCUCUGGGAAUUUUGCAGCCACGGAGUUCAUGUGCCCUGCCCAAGCCCCCUCUGGUCGGUUCCUGCCCUUCCUGCAGGAAGAUCUGUACACCAUGCUCCAGUCAGCGCUUUUCCUUGACAAUUACCACGAGAUGUACUUCUGGCAAGGCUGGUGGCCCAUUGAGAACAAGAUCACUGGUUCUGCCCGCAUCCGCUGGGCCUCCGACCGGAAAAGCAUGAUGGAGACUGUGCUCCAGUACUGCAAAGGAAAAAAUCUCAAGAAACUACCCCCCAAGUCUUACCUUAUCUACGCCGGUCUGGAGCCCCUGACAUUCACCAAUAUGUUUCCCAGCUGGGAGCACAGAGAGGACAUCGCUGAGAUCACAGAGAUGGACACAGAAGUUUCCAAUCAGAUCACCCUUGUGGAAGACGUCUUAGCCAAGCUCUGUAAAACCAUUUACCCUCUGGCCGACCUCCUGGCCAGGCCACUCCCGGAGGGGGUCGAUCCUCUGAAGCUUGAGAUCUACCUCACCGACGAAGACUUCGAGUUUGCACUAGACAUGACGAGGGACGAAUACAACGCCCUGCCCGCCUGGAAGCAGGUGAACCUGAAGAAAGCAAAAGGCCUGUUCCGAGUGGGGAGACGUCAGAGGAGCCUCACGGUCAUGUCCAAUACCACCGCACCAGGGAAAUGGAUAUAUAUUUUUGGACUGGUGUUUUUCACAAAGUAUUUUUCAAUCAGAGUUUUCAGAACCUGACAUUGUUAAAGAUACUGCUUGUCCCGGAGUUGUGUAUUUUGUAAAUGUUCAAGGGAACUGUUUGGAAACUUCUUUCUACCAUUCAGCAGCUUAUCAGAAUUAAUAAAAG